AUGAAUGCCGAUGUCGUUGGAAUCGAUGUAGAUGAUGACGAUGACGACGAUGCUGGUAUCUUCAGCAUCGCCAAUGACCGCCAAAGUGAGGACGAUGAUACCCUCACUGGUGAAGACAACGCUCUUUCAGCAUUGCACACGAAGCGCACUGAUGUUAACAAGGAUGAAACAGCAGGGGGAUUUCUGCUGACUCGCGAAGCGGUUUUCCGCUUCGUUCAAGACUCUAUUGCAGAUGCACUAGACAGACAGAAGAGAAAUGCAGACAAACAUGGAAGAGCAAAUGUUCUUUCAGUUGAUGGAGAAGACCAUUUUACUGUCUACAGUAAAUCUACCGAAGCACGCAGUGGCAAACGUGGGCAGCAGUAA